AUGAGAUUCUUCUUCAAGAAUGAUUUUGAUGUGAUAGCAGUUUCACAGCCGAAAUACACAGUAGACGGCUCUGCUUAUCCUCAUAAAUUUGCCAGUGGAUGUAAAGCCUUGAUAAUAAGCCCAUUUAAGCAGCUUGAAAGUAUGGGUCUUAUUUACUUGGCUGAAGGACACGCUCAUGAUGAUAUUGUUGCCCUUGAAAUGGCCUAUACGACCGACGGCGUCGUUGUAUCAAACGACCAAUUUGUGUAA